GAUCGCCGACUGUGCAAUAUCUCUACUCCUGCUAUCGCAUUGACUUCGAGUUCUUCUAUCGGUGCACCUGCUUCCUUUGCUGUGCACUCGCCAGCACGCCACUGGGCAGAGAACCGGCCACGCUUGUAUCCAUUAUUUACGGAACACCCGAUGUCGGUCUUUACAUUUGACCCGGACCCGCCCCGGGUCGCGUCUCCGUGGCUCCGGUCUGUGGAUUCGGACAAGUCCGCCACCUCUUCGCCGGGAGCGCGGGUGGGACCCGCCGGGCGUGGGCUACUCUCCGACUACGGUGUCACCAGGUUGGAACCUGAACCGCAGGACGGUCCAACGGAAUACAAGCUUCACUUGCUUCUCAGACCGCGGAGGAAGUAUGAGCGGAUCAGCACGGCGACUCGAAUAUGUGGGUCCACCCAGGCACGGCCUCCUCCCGACCCGAAGACGUCGAGAGCGGCCACUGUCGGCCCUGGGUCGUCGACGACUUCGAUCCAGACGCGCCAGGAUCGUCUUGAGCACCUUACCACACAGCUCUUGUGGAGGUUGCAGCAGUCGUGUCCCUAUCACGCCGGCACCGCCUCUCCCGGGCUUGUCAUCCCACAGCUGCCCGACGAAAACGUUGCCUUAGAUGCGCCGGUCAAGUUGGGCAAGCUGCUGCCCGGGUUGGAGGCAUCGAGGGGAGCGCUAUACGAGAUAGGCGUGGCUGACGACGGCACGCUAGCGGGGUUGACCAAGGAUGAGAUGGAUGAGAGUCUCGGUACCCUUCGCAUCAUGGCUGCCAGUUUGGGUUGCAACGUGGAAGUACUGCGCAUGUUGGUUGUUGGAGACUGCGAGUGGGUCGAGUCAGAUGCCACCGAAGGAUUUGGGGAACUGAAAUCGCGACGAGUUUCGCAUCGAGCGAAAUUAUGGGUUGCUGAGGCUCUUGUCACGCCCGAUUUGCGGCCGAGGGAUGAGGCCCAAUCAUCGGCCGUGCGAAUGACAGAAGCGGCGCGGCUGACGGAGACCUUACCAGACCCGAAGCAAGGGCCGCUCACCUCCGACCAAUUGCGUGUUACACUUACAGGCCCUACGACGUCGGGCAAGUCGACUCUCUUGGGCACUCUCUCCACUGGAACCCUUGACAAUGGCCGUGGUAAAGGCCGACUUGGCCUGCUGAAGCAUCUUCAUGAGGUUGCGUCUGGCAUUACCUCGUCGGUCACUCAAGAACUGGUCGGCUACAACGACGACGAGAUAGUCAACUAUGCCCAUAGCGGAGUCGAGUCUUGGAUUGAUAUUCACGACUUCACAAAGGAUGGACGGCUAGUUUACUUGCUUGAUUCUGCGGGCCAUCCGCGCUACCGGCGGACCAUCCUCCGAGGCAUUGUCGGAUGGGCACCGCAGUGGACUUUGCUCUGCAUAGCGGCCGACAGCUCAGCUCCGGGGGCUACGUCGACCUCCUUGGAUGGGCUGGGACCUACUGGCGCGAGCGUUGACCUAGCAUCCGCCCAUCUAGAACUAUGCCUGCGGCUUCGUCUUCCCCUCGCUGUUGUCAUCACGAAAUUAGACCUGGCAAACAAGUCGACCCUGUCCAGCACCCUCACCAAAGUCCUGUCCGGCGUCAAAAGGGCGGGUCGGGUGCCGAAGAUAGUGAAAGGGGGCCCAACAGGGCACGUCGCUCGUCUUCGAGUAUCCGAGUCGGACAAAGAAGCCGUCAGGGAGCCAUUGAACUGCAUGAAGACGGUGGAUGACCCGUUCUCCGUCGUCCCUAUUUUGCUUACCAGCUCUGUUGAUGGACGCGGGAUUGGGGCACUACAUGCCCUUCUCCAGGGCCUUCCGCUGCCUUCAACACCCACCUCUCAUGACUACAUUGGCGCGGCCCUAAAUCCCGAGCAGCCGGCGUGCCUCUUCCACAUUGAAGACAAAUUCAGUCUCCCCGCAUCCUACUCCUUGGCCACAAGCGAUGCAGACCAACAAACUGAUCUUGGCACUGUCGUAGCGGGCUACCUCCGCUUCGGUAGUCUCUCGAUUGGCGACAAGGUCGUAGUAGGUCCCUUCCCAUCUGGGGAUGACGACUCCCACGGGACCACACCAGACGAACGUAUCGGGAAUGGGGCUGUCAAUAGCUACGGCCUUUCAAUCUCUCAUCCUUCAUCCGCAGAGCUCAGCCGCGUAGCUUCCCGAAAUGCAGUUUCUGCGUCGGCCACCAGUGGCGAGUGGUACACCGCCUCCAUUGUCAGCAUCCGCAACUUGCGCUUGCCGGUGCAGACCCUCACAGCUGGCCAGGUUGGUUCCAUCGGGAUGGUGUUUGAUCCGCCGGCACCGAGCAAGCAACAGGAUGUUGUCGCCAACGAAGCGGGGGCCCGUCCGUCAACAACGACCCCUAGACUGCGCAAAGGCAUGGUCCUCGCUGUUCCUAGCCAGCACAUGGUCUCGUCCGGCCUAUCGUUGCAGGCAGUCAGCGGGUUGACGGCGGUAUUUGACAAGGAGAACCAAGAAGUUGGCUCGUUGACGGUGGGAAGCCUAGUGAACAUCUAUGUGGCGAGUGUGCGGUCUGCCGCGCGGGUGUUACGCGUGUCGAGAGUGCAGAAUGGGGAGAAUGGAGAUGCUUGCGAUGUUGUGGCGGACGAGAUCGAUGAUAUGUUCGGUCUUGCCGAGGACAUCAGUGGGGAGAGCCGAGUGUGCAGCGCGGCGUCGACGGAUGACAACAUUGAGAUACAGCUGGAACUGCUGUCGACUCGAGAGUGGAUUGAGCUGGGGUCUCGCAUCCUGGUCCUUGAGGGCGGUAGCAAAGAUAAAUCUGGGUUGGAGGGCUUUGUGGGAAAGGUUGUUGAGAUUGUCGAGUGAUGGCUCCCGGUGUCUUUUCUUAUCGAUUGCUCUGUCUCAGCGUUUUGCAGUUUUGGUUACCGUAAGCUUUAGAUUGUUUCCUUCCAGGUUCUCAGCGGCGUGACUUGACGGUUCACAGUCCUGCUGCUACUAAUACCCCGGUUCGGUGAUGCGCACAAAGCUCCUCGCUUGCCCGACUCAGCCAGACUAGAUAGUGGCCUCCUUGCACCCGCUGUUAGAAAGGGUACCUACGUGGUAGCCGAGCGGACAUUCUUCGGGAACGAAGUUUUCGUGCCACUAAUAGACUGUACUUUGGUGUUUGGCACUAGGCGAUCCAAGUUCGCAGCAUCGGUCGUUCUUUCUCUUCCAUGAGU